AUGGAUAAGAGAGACAAGACCAAGGCGGGGGCUGGGGCUGGGGCUGGGGCGGCGACGACGACGCGGACCCCGGCCUCGCGCCCUCCCGGCCUUCCCAGCCUUCCCAGCCCCAAGCCCCCGGGCUCUCCUCGGCCCCCGCCCCCGGUCACGGCAGCGGCUCUCCGGCUGCUGGGGGCUGCUGCCGGGCGAAGGCCCCUAGGGGAGCGGGCAGGGGGCAGCAGGGGCUCGCCGGCGCUGCCAGAGGCGGCGGCUGGGGCUUCGGGAGCAGCGGCAGCCAGGCGGAGUGCAGGGGCAGGUCCCCGGAGCCCAGCCUCCAGGCCCCCAGCAGUGGGGAGAGGGGAGCGGCCCCCUGCCAGGACCCCCGGCCAGGGUUCCACUUCUAGCCCAGGGCGAAAAUGUCUGUCCGUCUGCAGGCCCGGCCCUCUGGGCCAGAAGGGCUUGCGCCCCUCCACCGAGGAACUGGUAGCCAGAAGGAAACCUGCGGAACCCCCCAAGAGGAACAGUCUGAACUCGGGGCCUCGGAGAGACCCUGCAGGGCCCACCCCGGCCGCCCCCUCCCCGGCCACAGCCCGACGUGUCCGGCCUGCGGGGGCCGAGAUGGGGCUCCCCCGGCCAGCGCCCAGCGCCCGGCCGCAGCCCCCCGCCGACGUGCCCAGGAAAGCAGUGGGCAGUGCGGCCGAGCGCAGCGCUUCGGAGCCCAGCCCCGCGGCCAGGAGGCGUCCGGUGGGCAGCGGGGGGCUCCAGAGGCCGGCCUCGCGCCCCCUGGGCUCUGCGACCACCGCUCUGCCCUCCCCUGCACGCUCAGCCCGCGGCGCAGCACGGCCCCCCACGCAGCAGCCCCCCAAGUCCAGAGGGUCCCAGGGCUCUUCCUGGGGGAUCCCCUCUCUGCAGGCCACACCCCUCGUGCAGGCCACACCCACUCUGACCACUACCCUCCUGCAGGCCACACCUCCGACCACGCCUACCACCCAGGCACCACCUGCUCUGACCACGCCCCUAACAGAGGUCACACCUCUGACCAUGCCCACCACCAAGACCCAACCUCUGACCACACCCCUUGUGGAGGCCACACCUCCGACCACACCCACCACCAAGACCCAACCUCUGACCACACCCCUCGUGGAGGCCAUGCAUCUGACCACGCCCACCACCAAGACCCAACCUCUGACCACACCCCUCGUGGGGGCCACACCUCUGACCACGCCCACCACCCAGGCACCACCUGCUCUGACCACGCCCCUAACAGAGGCCACGCCUCUGACUACACCCCUCACCGACGCCACACCUCUGGCCACACCCCACACAGAGGCCACACCUCUGACCACGCCCACCACCCUGGCCCCACCUGCUCCGGCUUCACCUCCAUUGCAGGCUGCUCCCUCUGCAGCCUCCUCCCCUUCCAAGGGGUCAGGCUCUCUGCAGGCCACGCCUUCCCCGCUGACCACACCCACGCUGCAAUCCCAGUUUCUGACCACGCCCAGUCUGCAAUCCCCGCCUCUGACCACGCCCAGUCUGCAAUCCCCGCCUCUGACCAUGCUCAUGCUGCAAUCCCCGCCUCUGACCACACCCAUGCUGCAAUCCCAGUCUCUGACCACGCCCAGUCUGCAAUCUCCGCCUCUAACCACGCCCAGUCUGCAAUCCCCGCCUCUGACCACGUCCAGUCUGCAAUCCCCGCCUCUGACCACACCCAGUCUGCAAUCCCCGCCUCUGACCACGCCCAGUCUGCAAUCCCCGCCUCUGACCACGCCCAGUCUGCAAUCCCCGCCUCUGACCACACCCAGUCCACAGUCCCCACCUCUGGCCACGCCCAGUCUGCAAUCCCCGCCUCUGGCCUCGGUCUGCCCCGCUGCACACCCUCCUGCCCCGCCCUCCCUGCAGGACCUCCCACCUGCUGACUCCGCCUCCCAUGCUCCUGUGACCACGCCCCCAGCACCCCUGCCUGAGGCCUCCUCCGCCCUGGUGACUGCUGCUCUGCAGGACACGCCCUCCAGCAUAGCCACGCCCCCUCCGGCAGGACCUUCCCUGGGCCCGCCCCCACCUCUCACCACGCCCCUCAUCCAGGCCCUGCCUUCAUCUCUGACCACGCCCCUCGCCCAGGCCCCGCCUUCCCCAGCUCCACCUCUGACCACACCUCUGGUCGAGGCCCCGCCUUCCCCAGCUCCAGUUCUGACCACGCCUCUGGUCGAGGCCCGGCCUUCCCCAGCUCCACCUCUGACCACACCUCUGGUCGAGGCCCGGCCUUCCCCAGCUCCACCUCUGACCACACCUCUGGUCGAGGCCCCGCCUUCCCCAGUUCCAGUUCUGACCACGUCUCUGGUCGAGGCCCCGCCUUCCCCAGCUCCAGUUCUGACCACGCCUCUGGUCGAGGCCCCGCCUUCCCCAGCCCCGCCCCCCGCCGAGGCCCCGCCCCCGCGCCGCCCGCCCACCCCGGGCCCCGACCCCGCGGCCUCGUCGUCGCGGCUGAGCCUGGCCCUGGCCCCCGCGCCGCCCGCGCCGCCCUCGCGCAGCCCGUCCAGCACGCUGAGCGGCCCCGACCUGGCCGGGCACAGCAGCAGCGCCACCAGCACGCCCGAGGAGCUGCGCGGCUACGACAGCGGGCCCGAGGGCGCCGCCGCCUCCCCGCCCGCCGACGCCGAGCUCGCCGCCUGCCACCCGGCCGCCUGGAGCCGCGGGCCGCCGCGGGGCGCGCCAGGAGCGUUGCUGUCGUGGCCUCCGGUGGCCGGUCCGGGCUCCGCCGACGGACUGUGCACCAUCUACGAGGCCGACGGGCCCGAGGCCGCGACCCCCGGCCCUGGCGCCCCGGAUGAGGACCCUGCGCCCAGCGUGGGGGACGGCAAGGCGGCGUCCGGGGCUUCGGAGGCCGAGGGCCAGCCGGGGUCCCCUGCGCCGCGCAGCCCCAAGGCCACGGCGCGCCUGGGCGAGCUGCAGCUCGGGGCGCUGCAGGCCAGCGUGGUGCAGCACCUGCUGAGCCGCACGCUGCUGCUGGCCGCGGCCGAGGGCGGCGCGGGGCCCGGCGCAGGAGGGGCACGGACUGCGCUCAGCGACGCCGAGCUGGGCCGCUGGGCAGAGCUGCUGUCCCCGCUGGACGAGUCCCGGGCGAGCAUCACCUCCGUCACCAGCUUCUCUCCGGACGACGUGGCCUCGCCGCAGGGGGACUGGACCGUGGUGGAGGUGGAGACCUUCCACUGA